GAUCCUCUUCAGCGAAGGUUCGUGACACCUUGUAAAAGAUAGGCCUCCCGCUCUUUUAAAGACAACCUUUCCUUCGUAAUUGAAAGAGUUGACAUCUCUCUCUCUCUCGACGUCUACUACUCUCUCUCUCUCACCGUCUCUCAGGUUUUUUGAAGUAUCCAUGGUUAUGGAUCCACGUUUCAGUGAUUUCUCUGACUCAGUAAAUGGUUUCAAUUUUGAAGAUGCCUCCAUUUUACCCAGUUUCGAUCAGUCUCAGAACCUUACCAGUGGAUUUAAAUUUCAAGAUGGUUCCUUAGAUGUCAAUUUCAUGGAUAUGCCAUCCCUUCCCACAAGUCCAGACUUGGGUAGUUUCCCUCCGUCUUCAAGCGUGAGCUCAGAGGCGGGCUCUCCUGAUGAUCAGGAGGAUCCUGUUUUCAAGUACCUUAACCAAAUACUCAUGGAAGAGAACAUGGAGGAGAAACCCAGCAUGUUCCAUGAUCCUUUGGCUCUAAAAGCCACUGAGAAAUCAUUGUAUGAAGUCCUUGGUGAGAAGUAUCCUUCCUCCCCCUACCAACCUCCCUCACUGUACAUCGACCAAAAUGUUGAAAGCCCAGACAAUUUUUUCAGUAGCUCCAGUGACUACAGUACAAACAGCAGUAGUAGUGGUAAUACUUCCAUUGAUCGUCAAUGGAUUGUUGAUCCGGGAGAAUAUAAAUCUUCAGUAAUACAAAGUCCUCCUUCGGAGUAUUUUUUCCAACCAGCAUUGCAAACCAGUUCACAAAGGUCAUUUGGCUCUACAAACAACUUCAGUAAUAAUGUGAAUAGCCAGGUGGACUCUUCUGCAAGUGCCCAGCUGGUUCCAAAUAUAUUUAGUGACAGGGAGUCUAUCUUGCAGUUCCAGAGAGGGAUGGAGGAAGCUAGAAAAUUCCUUCCUAGUGGAAAUCCAUUGAUUAUAGAUUUGGAUAAGUACAAUUUGCCUCAUGAGUCCAAAGAAGUGGCUCAGGAGGUUGUAGUCAAGGUAGAGAAAGAUGAGAGGGAUGACUCUUUUAAUGGUUCGAGGGGAAGGAAGCAUCAUCAUCAAGAGGAUGAUGAUUUAGAAGAAGAGAGGAGUAGCAAACAAUCGGCAGUAUACGUGGAAGAGGCUGAGUUAUCAGAAAUGUUUGAUAGAGUUCUUCUUUGCAAUGACACGAAAGGGGAGCCUACAUGUUGUGACGUUGAUGUGGAAUUGCCAAAUGGGCCAGAGGAGACGCUGCAGCAGAAUGGACAACCACGUGGAUCUAAUGGGGGAAAGGCUAGUGCUAAGAAACAGGGUAAUAAAAAUGAAGCUGUGGAUCUAAGGACACUUUUGAUUAGCUGUGCACAAUCUGUUGCUGCCGAUGAUCGCAGGACUGCAAAUGAACAAUUAAAACAGAUUAGGCAGAACACUUCAGCUUCUGGCGAUGCAUAUCAGAGGAUGGCCAAUAUCUUUGCUAACGGUCUUGAGGCACGCAUGGCUGGCACUGGAACCCAGCUCUAUGCAGCCCUUGCUUCCAAGAGGAUAUCAGCUGCUGAGAAGUUGAAGGCUUACCAGCUUUAUCUUUCAACCUGCCCAUUCAAGAAGAUUUCAAUUUUCUUCGCAAAUAAAAUGAUUUUAUAUACAGCAUCAGGAGCUUCAACGCUGCAUAUUGUAGACUUUGGCAUCUCAUAUGGUUUCCAGUGGCCCAUGCUAAUCCAAUUCCUUUCAAGCUGUCCUGAUGGCCCCCGAAAGCUGCGCAUUACUGGCAUAGAGCUUCCCCAACCUGGUUUCCGACCUGCAGAGUUGGUUGAGGAGACAGGGCGUCGUCUGGCGAGGUAUUGUGAGCGCUUUAGUGUUCCUUUUGAGUAUCAUACCAUUGCAACACAGAAAUGGGAGACAAUAAAAGUUGAGGAUCUCAAGAUUGAGAAGGGUGAGGUGGUUGCUGUGAACUGUCUGUUUCGCUUUAAUAACCUACUUGAUGAGACAGUAGUGGUUGACAGUCCAAGGGAUUCAGUUCUAAAAUUAAUCAGGCAGAUCAACCCAAAUAUUUUCGUCCAGUCUCUUAUUAGUGGAUCUUACAAUGCUCCCUUCUUUGUCACUCGGUUCCGGGAGGCACUUUUCCACUACUCUGCAUUGUUCGAUAUGUUCGACACUACCAUAUCCCGUGACGAACCACUGAGGUUGCAUUUUGAGCAAGAGUUCUAUGGGCGUGAGGCCAUGAAUAUUAUUGCAUGUGAAGGCUCAGAGAGGGUUGAGAGGCCCGAGACAUACAAGCAGUGGCAGGUUCGGAGUAUGAGGUCUGGUUUCAAGCUUCUUCCAUUGAACCAGGAGCUCGUGAAGAAGUUGAGGGGUAAGGUGAAGGCAAAGUACCACAAAGAUUUUGUGUUCGAUGAAGAUGGUCACUGGAUGUUGCAGGGUUGGAAAGGUCGAAUCAUCUCUGCCAGCUCCUGUUGGGUACCUUCAUAAUAGUCUUUGAAGGAAUUUUACUAGAAUACAGAUGGUGAAUACUGAUUCCUGGCGAGGAUAUAAGAUAAUGAAAGCAAUGAUAAUCUGCAGUAGCAACUGUCCUCUGGCAGAAGGCACUUAUGGGUUAGGAGGAUGAUAUGGCAUCCACUAUUCUCACCAGCAGUCUCUGCAUUACUGUUAUCGCUUAAAUAAAUAUGUGGCUGAAUGCUUACUGGCCGUGGUGUUAAGAAUCAUUGAGCAAACACGGUGGAGAAUUAUGGAACUUAUGCUGCUCUCGCAUAGAAAAGAUUCAAUGCUAAUUACAAACCUUCUUGUGUUGAUGAAGCUGUUAAUUCACCAGCACUACCUGUUAGUUUUGCUUGUUCAGAUAAUAUGAGUGAAUUAUGUUCUUCCCUCUCUAAAUAUUCCCGUUGAUGUGGAUAUUUUCAUAGGGCUAGGUGACUUCUGCUUCUUGCUUGCAGAUUUUCUCAGGAGCUAAUAGUUGUAUCAUACUUCUUGUAUGUUAGACAGAAGUAUUAAUGUAUUUUGGCUUUCGAGAAUUGGUUGUCCCCAUCCUUGUUUCCUGGUUUUGUGAGCAUUUCAUUAUGUAUAUGUGGUGCAACAAUCUACUUAAACUAACCAGAAAAAUGCGUUCACGGUUAUUUUCA